AUGGGCGGCAGUGGCAGCACCGCAGGCUCAAAGAUGAAAGGGCGGAGCGAGAAAAUGCAGGUGAGCCCAAGGCAUUUCGUCUUGAAGACGCCUAUGGAAGGGCCGUGGCCAGAGAACAUGAAGGUUUGCGUGUUGGCCAAUGGGUGCUUCUGGGGCUCGGAGAAAGGGUUUUGGCGCCUCCCAGGUGGAGGCAUCCAUGCCACUGCGGUGGGAUAUGCGGCUGGGCAGACCCCCAAUCCUACCUAUGAGGAGUGCUGCAGCGGACGAACAGGCCACACAGAGGCCGUCCAGGUUGUCUACGAUCCAGAGAAGAUCAGCUUGGUGGACAUUCUGCGCUGGUUCUGGGAAUCCCACGAUCCGACCCAGGGCAUGGGGCAGGGGAACGAUCGCGGCACCCAGUACCGAAGCGCGCUGAUCUAUUUCGACAAAGAGCAAGAGCAGCUUAUGCGCGCCAGCAAAGCAGCCUACGAGAAGGCGCUGCUUGAAGCCAGAAGAGGCAAGACCGGCAGCAUCACCACGGAGAUUGUGGCUGCGUCCGACUUCGAGACGCCCUUCUAUUAUGCCGAGGACUACCAUCAGCAGUAUUUGGCCAAGCCUGGUGCGAGGCCAUACUGCAGCGCGCAGCCUUUGCAGGUUCCUCUGCCGGCCUUCGAGGAGUGGGCGCCCCCGGAGCUCAAGUCGCACGCGCCGAAGCUCCCGGAGGACUUCUGGAAGGAGCAUGCUCCCAAGCCCCACUGCAGCUUGGCAGUCCAGAAGCCUUGCGAGGUGGCGUGUUUUUGCCGCCCCGUGCACUGCACUGCAACGUUUCGACGUGCCCUCGCCAUACCCAGGACAGCGAUUCCCUUCUCGGACGUUCGGUGCAAAGGUUUUCAUCUGGCAGCCACACUUCGUCGCUUCACUGCCAUGGCUGCCAAGCUAGAAGAGGAAGAGGAGGCUUUGCGCGUCUUCGUGCAUGAGUGGAGGGAGAUCCUCCGAAAAGAAGAGGAGAAGGAGAUUGAGGAGUUUCUGAACUCUGCACACAAGGAUCUCAGCGAGUGGCCGCCGCUUCUUGGGUCUGCACAGGACGGCCAAGAAGCCACUUUCGAACCUCAUGACCUGGUUCACGACCUGGCGACGGAUGCAAACACGGCCACGACCUGCACGCCCACGUGCACACCUCAAUCCACAUCGCCGACGGCCGAGAGGCCCGAGAGGCCCGAGAGGCCCGAGAGUCACACCGAGCCGGUCCAGGAGGCCAUGAAAGUCCAAACGCGCGAGGGGUCCCCACAACAACUCGCAGAGCCCACCGUGGUAGAGCCCACCACGGCAGCGCCCACCACGGCAGCGCCCACCACGGCAGCGCCCACCACGGCAGCGCCCACCACGGCAGAGCCCACCGUGGCGGAGCCUGCUGCGGUAGAGCCUGCAGUUGCAGAGGUGGAGGAGAAUGAGAGCAUUUCGGGCAUGCCGAACACCAAGGAUGUUGCAACGCCGAGCGCGGUGGGGUCAGAGGGUGCAGCAGAGGCAGAGAAGGCAGAGCCACCAGCACCGGCAGCGGCAGAGCCACCGGCAGCGGCAGCACCGGCAGCGGCAGCACCGGCAGCGGCAGCAGCUGAGCCCGCCCCUGAAAAGCCGCAGGUGGACCACGAAGCGGUGAAGGCGGCGGCCAAGCGGGCUGCAGAGAUCUUGAGCGGGCUGACGAAGCCCCUUGAGUACGAAGUCCGCGAGGCGGUGCCCGUGCACGAAUCCCCGGAUCCCAACUCCAAGAGCUUCCGCGUGCUCUCACCCGGUCAGAUGGUCCAUGGGUAUCCGGGCUCUGGGUGGCUAAGGCUGCAGCCCGGCAGCAGCACGAGCGGUUGGGUUCACAUCGGUCGCAGCCUGGCUGUGCAGUGCUUGUUGCCGACUGUGCGAGCACGCUACUUGGAGGGGGUGGACGUUGCAUGGCCUGGCUUCAAGGGCCUCCUAAAGCCAGAUGUGAAAGUGGUCUACAUCGUCGAGUGGCGUUGUAAGAAGUCAGGAGCCGCCGGGCAUGCCGUGUGCCACAAGCCGCAGGAGGUGGUCUCCAACAUGCCUCCGGGGAAGCCCUUCGAGCUGCAUGUGGCCGUCCGGAUUCGUGGACCAACAACGCCAGGCGCAGAUUCACCGCCCGAGGUGAGGUUUGCUGGCCCAUGGAUCGAGUCACAGACUUUGCAGAUCAAGACUGAAGAUGAGGAGGAUGCAGACUCCUGCUUGGAUCCCUUUGGGACAUCCCGGGCUGGGUGCUUGAACUGUCAAUGCUAUGGCUUCAUCUGGCGACCUGGUCUGGAGGAGCAGGAAGAGGAAGACCCAGACGCCGCCCAGCGCUUGGGGCUCAACGCGGAUCCAGAGAGCAUCAAGUGCAUGCGGUGUGGUGAUCCUUUUGAUUCCCAUGCACGGAGUGGCACACCGGCAGCCACCCGAUUAUUGGAGAGCCGCCCCCUUCGCAAGUACCUGGUCGUGCACCCACGCAUCUUUGUUCGGAGCCAGCGCAGCACAUCCGGAGAUGCCCUGGGAGCCCUACGCCGCGGCACCGAGGUUGCCGGCUGCUGCGAGGGCAACUGGCUGCACCUCAGCCAGGAGUGUGCACGAGCCAUGAACGCCAUGCCGCGCGGCGGCUCAGUGAGCUCCAAAGCCAAGUACGUGGAUGCUUGGGUCUUGAUCGAUGGGGCUUCCGUCGGCUUCCAGUCAGACCUGCUGGUGCCAGAGGAGCUUGCCCCAGCGGAUCUCCGAGAACAGAUCCAGCAAGAGGAGGAGGAGCGCCAGCGCAAGGCAGCCGAGGCUGCCAAGCGCCAGGCGAAGAACUCCAAGGAGUCCAAAGAUUCCAAGAAGCCCGUGGAGCCGGACAGCGAAGAUGAGGUCGGCGCCUUACGUUUGGAUCCGCUGGUGGGCCUGAUGGACGUGUUGUACACGAAGCCCACGGACUAUUUGGUCUUGAAGCCUCAACUCCCCAUCCACCGUCGACCCUCCACCAGUUCUCGCAGCUUAGGGCAGCUGAAGAGAGGUCAGAUUGUGUCGGGAUGGCCGCAAGGGUCCUGGGUGCUGUUAGCACCGGAAGGUGAGAAGCCCGCGAAGCCCACGAAGCCCAGUGAAUCCAAGGCAGGUUGGGUGCUGCUGGAUGCAGGCACUUUGGGCUUUGGGCACCAGCUCCAAGCACAGAUGCCGGCAAUCAAGGACAUCCAGGCAGUCUCCGAGUCUGCUGUCCUGGAGUGGGCCAAGUUCCCAGCAAGGACGGUGGAGUACCAAGUGGAUUGGGCAGAGUCCGAAAAGGAGGAGCCUACAGUGGCUGUGCAGAGGGAGACCAUGUCCAGAGCGCGUGUCCACGAGCUGCCGCCGGACACGAAAGUGAACUUCCGCCUCACUGCCAGAGUCUACACUGCACCACUGGAGAAUGGUGGAGAGGUUUUUGCCGAGGUGGUUGGGCCUUGGGAGGAAGCAGAGACGGGAGCUGCCAUCGAGGAGAUGGAGGAGGGCAACUUGUGCGUUGACCCACUUGCAAACUUACGUGGGCGCUGCAUGGACUGCAACUGUCGUGGCUUUGUGCUCGCCGAGUACGGUGAGCGACCUCGGACAGGCGACACGCUCGAAGAGGUGGUGUGUCGCCGCUGCAGCUGUUCUUGCGUCCGCCACUUCAUCCUCGGUGAGUUCCACUACCGGAAUCCACACAACACGAGCGCACGAGCUGCAAAGGAGAAGGAAAAGGCCCCCAACAAGGCGCCUACACAGACACCGCAGAAGGCUUUGCCGGCCCCAGAGGAGAAACGCCCGACCACUUGGCGACCGGAGGACGCCUCGGAUGAGCGGCUGCCUUUUGUCCUGGACAAGGUGGGCGAAGCCCACAGCCUCUACGAGACGCUUGGGGUGAGCCCUGACGCAGACAAGGCGGCCAUACGCGUCGCAUACCGACAGGUCUCGCUGAGCAUCCACCCUGACAAAGUGGGACAUUAUGAUGAUCCUGACUUGAAGUUGCAGGCUGAGAAUGCUUUCAAGGUGGUUUCUGCCGCAUACGAGGUGCUUGGAGAUGACAAGCUGAGAGCCGAGUAUGACCGGAAGCUUCGGCUAACCGGAGCGACCUUCUUCACCCGAUCUGGGGGCCGAUCGAACCUGACGAGCAUCGCCUUUCUCAAGAAGUUCCUCAGCAAAGAGAAGGGCGGUUUUGGCUGGGACCUUACAUCAAAGCCACCUGGGGACUGGGAGGAGCAGGCGCCGGGCGUCUAUGUGCGCAAGGCGAAGCCCGCCGAGCAGCCUUCCCAAUGA